AGGUUACCAGGGUUACCAGCGGUCACCAAGGGUUACCAAGGAGCGGCCAAAGGUCAUUCAGACACCGUGAGGGAGGGGAGAGAUCAAGGAAUGGAAACAAACAUGUCUUAACACACUUUUUCCUUUCUCUCUUUCACUCUUUCUCUCUCUCAUUCUCUCUGAUUCCCUCUUUCUUUCUCUCUCUUUUCUCUCUUUCUUAUUCCCUUCUUUUUUUCAUGUCUGUCUUUCUUUCUGGGGUCCUUAACAAUUGUAAGUCGCCCCUGGAUAAGGGCGUCUGCUAAGAAAUAAAUAAAUAAUAAUAAUAAUAAUAAUAAUAAUAAUAAUAAUAAUAAUAAUAAUAAUCUUCGAUUAGCGUUCUUUAAAAUUAAUUUUCAGACAUUACAUUCGUAUUAAAUUGAUAUUCGGGGCGAUUCCAAAAUUCGUUUUGCGGUUGGAUUUGAAUAAAAUAAAAUAAAUUAAUUAAUUAAAUUAAAUUAAAAGUAACGCUGCUACGUGCUGACCAUCACGUACCAACCACGUGACCCCUCCCCCCGCCAUCCCAUUGGCCGAGAGGGAGCGACGCCUUCCCAGAAUUACAAUCUAACCAACAGCGAGCUCUCUGAAGAACCAGACGAGCGAAACCGACGCGAGUUACUGUAGCGAUUAUCGAUCCGCGGAUCAAUAUUCAAACUGCAUACAAACCUCUAUUUAUUGACCUAUUCCCUUUUUUUAAAAAAGAAGAAACGUUUGUUCGUGUGUGUGUGUGUUUUAUUCAUUGUAUUUAUUAGCCCGCUUACGGUUUCCCUCGGUGUAUUCUAACGGAGAAUAUUAAUAUUUUUUAAAAAUGGAUUUAAAUGGUUUUGACGGACAAAAACGAAAUAUCUUAUGCCUCUUUGACGUGGACGGCACUUUGACUCCAGCGAGGGAGAAGAUUGAUCCCCAGCUGGACGCGUUUUUGAAGAUCUUGAGAAGGAAAGUGAAGAUCGGAGUGGUGGGGGGGUCUGAUUACAACAAAAUCGCAGAGCAGCUGGGAGAGGGGGAUGAAG